AUGUCUUCUGUCGUCCCUCAUCAGGGUUCGGCCGUCGGAUAUGACGACGGCAGGGUUGUGUUAGAAACUCGCCAAGAAGCCCCGGAACUGUCAGAGAGCCGUGUGACAACGUACUCUCACGACAACGUCUUUGCCUGCAUCCAGUCUCGUGGUGCCAACAAUGGGCACGUUGCUGGCGGUCAGCCUCGGGAACACAGCAUUGUGAGCCUGGAAGCCGACAUGGCCAGGUUCCAGUCGAUGAAUUCUGUCGUUACUGUUCCGUCAAACUCAAACUUGGCUGGUAUUGGUGCACAGUUUGAGGGAUUGUCCCGAGGUUCGUUGCCAGUUCCUGUCCCUAGACCUUGGUCAUAA